UGCGCUUUUUCUUGCUUUAAAACCUAUUCUAGCCACAAAAAUGUUUUUUCACAGAGUUUUGCUGCUCACAGUAGUGGUCGGUCUGGUUUCUUGCUUUCCUCAACCAUUGAAUAUUCCAAAACUUCCAUCAGUCCUAGAUUUUCCAAAUCCUUUACUUUCCAAUAUAGAUGUUGAGAUACCAAAUGUAUCAAGUGGAAUAUUGGAUAAAAUUGGACUGACAGGAUUGCUUGGAUUUCUUCGACUAUUAUUAUCACCCUUCUUUAGAGCAAAAGACAGCCUACCUUUACCUGGAAACAAUGAUGUAAUGGGAUACAUGCCGAGCUUAGGAAACUCAGAUGUUCCAGCUGUCUCCGCAGUGGGAGGCUCACCUAUUCAAAUGCAAGAACUACAUCACCGGAUAAGCAGACUGGAAGCAAUUCUAAAAUUCGAAGGAAGAAUCCAAAUUGUAGGAACCAAAAUGAUUGCCACCAAUGGAAAAGAAGUAGACUUUGCAACAUCCAAUUCCACAUGUAGUGAUGUUGGUGGACAGAUUGUUACUCCCAUGAAUGAAGAAGAGAAUGCUGCUGCCUUGGAAUUAGUGAAGAAAUAUAAUAGAUAUGCAUACUUGGGAAUGACAGAGGGCCCAAUACCUGGCAUCUUCAACUACUUGAAUGGAGCCUCGAUGGUUUACACUAAUUGGAGAAAAAAUGAACCCACUGGAAAAGGAACUGAGGGUUGUGUUGAAAUGUAUUCAGAUGGGCAGUGGAAUGAUAAAGCUUGUAAUCAAAAGCGUCUGACUAUCUGUGAGUUCUAAAUCUAUGAUAUGCUGUCAGGUAUAGGAAAGAUCCAUCAUAACAAUGGUUUUUAUUGUACAAAAUACAGUAUGAUCAAUUAUGAGUUGUUAUAUGUAACAAAAAUAAAACAUAUUGCAUUCACUGAAUAUGAUAAAUCCUUUGCUGUAAUUUAUAAAUAAAGCCCAAAGCAUAUAAAUA